UCGAUCACUCUUCGCAGUUGCUUUUGGAUUAUCGAACGGUGCAGUUACGGUUCUGCAGUAGUGAAGGACAGAGUGUGGAGCAAAGCAUUGAAAACGGGAGUGUUCCACACACACACACACACACACACGCACACUCAAUAGUGAAGAAGCCAUUUUCAUCCUCUGCAGCAGUACUGUGUGGUGAGGUGUAGUGGCCAAAUCGGUGCUGCAGAAUACGACUGGCAAAAAGACACGGGAAAAGUUGGAAAAAUGUCCAUUUUCGUGGCACGGUGCUACUCAACGACGAAUAAGUAGACGCGCGAGCACGGCCAACAAUGCUACCAGUGCCGCUCUGAACACGUUCCCAAAUUCCUGGUACCUGUACGGUUACGUUUCUGUUUUUUCUGUUUCCCUUCAAUUUCCUCCGGUUAUUUGCCGAAAUUCUGUUCGAUAGAGGCAGACACUCGAGAGGGCCGCAAGGUGAAAAAAAUUAGAUCGAUAUUUUCUUCCAUUAUUGUCAGUUGGAAGUUGCUGCGGCAGCAGCAACAGCAGAGUCGAAAACGACGUCAGCGAUCUCUCGUCGUGUGUUAUCCCGUUUUCUAUUGAUUUUCGCUGUGCGGGCGUGAGUGAAGGAAAAUUCGAAAAAGGGGAAAAGUUUUACCCGUGUUUUGUGUGUGCAAUCGGCCUCGCUGCAUGAAAAAGUGUAGUUUUUGUUAGUAUAUAGAGAAAACAUCAGCAUCCAAUAAGCAUAAGAAGAUUGUGAUCUGUUCCAUCAUAUGGUAUAUUGUGUGUAAUUAGGAUAGAUUUUAAUUCGUCCUGGCGGAAAGUUUUGCACCGGGGCUCGAAAACGGAACCUUCGACACAUUCGGAAGAAAGUUCUUCUCUGCCAGCAGCUUCAGCCGGAGGAGAAAGAGAAGAAAAGGCACGGCACGGUAAGAGCUUGGUUUGGUUGGGUGCUUGAAUCAUCACCAUUAUCAUCGCCGCCGUCAUCCACACGCAUACAGAAACUCGUAGGAGAGCUGACGACGAAGACGGAGAGCGAUCCGGAGCGGAAGCAAAAUGUCGGGUGAUCGUGAAAUUCCAGCUGAGGAUAGCAUUAAGGUUGUGUGCCGUUUCCGGCCGCUGAAUGACAGCGAGGAACGCGCUGGAUCCAAGUUUAUCGUAAAGUUUCCCUCCGGUCCCGAGGAAAACUGCCUCUCGAUAGGGGGCAAAGUGUACCUAUUCGACAAAGUCUUCAAACCGAACGCCACACAGGAGAAGGUUUACAAUGAGGCUGCGAAAUCGAUCGUAUCGGACGUGCUGGCCGGUUACAACGGGACGAUUUUUGCCUACGGUCAGACCUCGUCCGGUAAGACGCACACGAUGGAGGGCGUCAUCGGGGAUCCGGGCAAGCAGGGCAUCAUUCCACGUAUCGUUAACGAUAUCUUCAACCACAUCUACAGCAUGGAGGUGAACCUGGAGUUCCACAUCAAGGUUUCCUACUACGAAAUCUACAUGGACAAAAUUCGGGACCUGCUGGACGUGACCAAGGUGAAUCUGAGCGUGCACGAGGACAAAAACCGGGUGCCGUACGUGAAGGGUGCGACGGAACGGUUCGUGUCCAGUCCGGAGGAUGUGUUCGAGGUGAUCGAGGAGGGCAAAUCGAACCGACACAUAGCGGUGACCAACAUGAACGAACACUCGUCUCGGUCGCAUUCGGUCUUUCUCAUUAAUGUUAAGCAGGAGAAUCUCGAAAACCAGAAGAAACUAUCCGGCAAGCUGUACCUGGUGGAUCUGGCCGGUUCGGAGAAGGUAUCGAAGACGGGCGCCGAGGGAACGGUGCUGGACGAGGCGAAAAACAUCAACAAAUCGCUGUCCGCACUGGGUAAUGUGAUCUCGGCGCUGGCCGACGGCAACAAGACCCACAUCCCGUACCGUGAUUCGAAACUGACGCGUAUCCUGCAGGAAUCGCUCGGUGGUAACGCACGCACAACGAUCGUAAUCUGCUGCUCGCCGGCCAGCUUCAACGAGGCGGAGACCAAAUCGACGCUCGAUUUCGGACGAAGAGCUAAGACGGUGAAGAACGUGGUCUGCGUGAACGAGGAGCUGACUGCCGAGGAGUGGAAGCGACGGUACGAGCGGGAGAAGGAAAAGAAUGGUCGCCUCAAGGGCAAGGUCGAGAAGCUGGAGGAGGAGCUGGCGAGAUGGCGUGCCGGCGAGACGGUCAAUCUCGAGGAGCAGCUUGAUCUGCAGGAGGUGAUGGAGGCUAGUACACCGAACGUGGAGGUGCUGAUCGAGAAGGCCGCCGAUCUGCCGGUACCGGCCACCCCCAGUGGGCUGGCUCUGGUCGGGUCGAUCAAUGCCGACGAGCGGGCAGCACUGGAGCAGGAGCGUGAGCGGCUGUACCAGCAGCUGGAUGACAAGGACGAGGAGAUCAACCAGCAGUCACAGUAUGUGGAGAAACUGAAGGAUCAGAUCAUGGACCAGGAGGAACUGAUUGCCAACACGCGGCGAGACUACGAGAAUCUCCAGUCGGAGAUGACCCGCAUCCAGCAGGAGAAUGAGAGCGCGAAGGAAGAGGUUAAGGAGGUUCUUCAAGCGCUUGAAGAGCUAGCCGUUAACUAUGACCAGAAGUCACAGGAGAUCGAAUCCAAGAACAAGGAAAUUGACUCCGUGAAUGAUGAACUCCUGCAGAAACAAGCCUCGCUAAACAGUGCCCAAUCGGAGCUUCAGCAGCUAAAGGACAUGUCGGCACACCAGAAGAAACGCAUCAACGAGAUGUUGAGCAACUUGCUGCGAGAUCUCUCGGAAGUUGGUCAAGCCCUGGCCGCCGAUCAGAACGAGAUGAAACUGAACGUAGAAGCAUCCGCUGGCAAACUCGAGGAAGAGUUCACCGUUGCUCGAUUGUACAUCAGCAAAAUGAAGUCGGAGGCGAAGAAUGUGUCCCAGCGGUGUGGUAACUUGGAAGUUUUGCAGCAAGAGACCAACAAGAAGGUAGCCGAGAAUGAGAAAGAUCUCAGUGAGUGCAGGUUACUGAUCUCGCAGCAUGAGGCUCGCAUGAAGUCCCUGCAGGAAUCGAUGCGCGAGGCGGAGAACAAGAAACGCACACUGGAGGAGAACGUGGAUGCGCUUCGGGAAGAGUGCGCCAAGUUGAAGGCGGCCGAACAGGUCAACGCCGUCAACGCGGAGGAGAAACAGAAGGCUGAUCAGCUCAAGGCUGCGUUCGAGAACCAGAUGGAUCAACUGCGUGAUGCCCACACCAAGCAGGUAUCGGCAUUGCGUGAUGAAAUUUGCGAGAAACAGGAAUUCAUCAACGAACUGAAGGACACCAACCAGAAGCUUUCGCUUGCCCACCAGCAGAUGACCGCCGACUACGAGAAGCUACGACAGGAGGAAUCCGAGAAAUCCGCCAAGCUGCAGGAAUUAAUGCUCACAAACGAGCGACGAGAGCAGGCUCGUAAGGAUCUCAAGGGACUGGAGGACACCGUCGCCAAGGAGCUGCACACCCUGCAUGCCCUGCGGAAGCUUUUCGUCCAGGAUCUUCAGGCCCGCAUCAAGAAGUCGAUCAACUCGGAGGAAACCGAAGACGACGGGGGUUCGCUGGCCCAGAAGCAAAAGAUCUCCUUCCUGGAGAACAAUCUCGAGCAGCUGACGAAGGUGCACAAGCAGCUGGUGCGGGACAAUGCCGAUCUGCGGUGCGAGCUGCCCAAGCUGGAGAAGCGCCUGCGCACGACGGUCGAACGGGUGAAAGCGCUCGAGACGGCCCUGAAGGAGGCGAAGGAGGGCGCGAUGCGGGACCGCAAGCGCUAUCAGUACGAGGUGGAUCGCAUCAAGGAGGCCGUGCGCCAGAAGAAUCUGGCGAGGCGUGGACCCCAGGCGCAAAUUGCAAAACCAAUCCGUGCCGGCCAGGGACACAUUCUGUUCAAAACCGCCGCUGCAGGUAUGUCACCGGUGACCCCGAAAGUGGUGACGGACGAGAAGAGAAAAUCGAUUGUGAAAGAGUCCGAAAGUUGAAUCGCUUAAGAGUGACCGGGGCUUAGCAAAGCCAACUCGGAAAAAAACCUUCUACAGUUUGAGCACUAAAUUUUUCCGCGCUGCAAUUAUAUAAAUAGAGCUAUAUAAUCAUAGAAACAAAACACAUACAGCAUAAACACACACAAACUUUGGAACGAAAAGAAGAAGAGAAAAUGAUGAAAAAGUAAAUUGUGCAAGAAAAAAUAUUUUACCGCUUAAAAAGGACAAUGGAAAGCAACAAAAUUUAUAUUAAGAAACAAAAAAAAACAGAAAACUAUCUACAAAUUAGGCACUGAAAAAAAUAAGCGCAGAGCACUAACUGCAACAACCAGCUUGCAAUUCAGCAAAUAACGACGGAAUGCGCGACUCCUUCGCAAUUGUGAAAAUCAGCGGAAGGAGAAUUAUAUAUUUUUUACUUAACAAAAAAAAACAAUUCUGGCUUGAUGGUGAUGAUGAAAUUCAGUCACGUGCAUGCAUUAUCAGCUCCGAUUGAUGUGAAGCCCACAAGAAAUAACAAGAGAGCAAAAAGGAAAGGAUGAGAUAGUAGCAUAGAAAUAACGCUUAAAAGUUUAUUGUAAACACUCACACAAAACACAGUUUAACUGCUUGAAGAUGAAAAGAAAUAGAAGAGGGAAAAAAAACAGUAUAGGGAAAAUCAAGGACAACGUUGAAAAUUUAUCAAACUGCUUGAACACACUUUUGCUAUAUUGUGCUAAGACAAAGUAUGUGGCGCUAAAAUAUACUAUUUAUUAAAUUAUUGCUUAUUUUAUUGAAGAUAGCACACGAGGAAUAACGCUCGCUACUAGAGACAGACCUCGCUAGGAGGAUCGCAACAAAUUCUAACCAAUUAAUUCAUCACUUAGGAUUUUCUUUUCUCAAACACCACAUCAGCCCAUAGAAAGUGUGUGGAGUUGUAUCGGUCGUGCUAUUUCAAUUAUUGCUUUCGUUAACGUGUGAAUCUAUCAACUUCCUAUCACCACCGCCCCCCCCCCCCCCCCUAAUUUUUAGUUGCAAUUUUUCGCACCUUAUUAGACAAGCUCCAGGUUCCUUUUGUAGAAUUAAUAUAGAAUCGAAGGCAAAAAAAGCAAUUCCGUACCGUACACUACCUUUAUUGCUGAUACUAGAUAAUUAUCAGUUUUGCUUCAUCCAAACACGCGCCCCGCCUAUAUUAUCAUUCAUCAGCAUAAAUAAUCAAAAUCGAUCAUCUCAACUUAAGGAUAUUAUAUUUUCAACUUUACCGCAUUAAUCGCGAAGUGAUAGUAGCGCUCGUAAUUGAAAAUAUACAAUUUUGCAAUGUGAAAUAUUGGUAGGAAAAGGCAUUCUUUCUCACGCGCUCUGCAAAAAAAAAAUAUAUUUAAUCGAUAUACAACAACGAUUCAGUUGUGUUUCGCCGUUGCAAUAUAUGAGAAUGGAUCAAUUUGGAAGAAUCGAAGGACGAGAUUCGCACAGGAAAAGGAUCGCUUCCCCAGAGCAGUGAUUAGCCCGUUUUAGCGUGAUUUUGAGCAGAAGAGAGAAAGCAAAGAAGCAAGCGGGAGUGCAGCAGCAAAUUAUGCCGUCAACAUGAUACGGAGUAGAAAAGAGUGGGAACCAACUAUGUGUGGAAUACAUUUAGAAAGAGACACAUUGGAAAGGCUUAUAACAA